CCUGCCAGGUGAGAGUGAUUGAUUAGAUGUCAGCUAUGUGGCAAACAAACAAACGCGUCUGUGAGGCCGCUCCGACGACGAUGGAAAAUCAACUUUAAAGUGAUUUAUGAAGCCUGUAACACUUUGACUACACUACAAACAACUAAAAGAUAACAAAAAUGACCGUCAGAUGCACAUCAAUGGCCACCUCAUCUCCACUUCAACAACAAAUCUGGCUCUGGAGAAAGAGGAGCUGAGGAUCCACCUGCAGGCGUCUAAAGAAGCUCAGAGACGGCUCACAAGAGAGGUGGGGAACACACUGAUGGAUGAAGCGGUCCACUUCCUCCGUCAUUACCACAUCCAGUACAGCACCCAGGAAAGCAACGACGAUGACGAGCUGAACGCAGAGAGGAACCUGGACGAAAACACUGGAGAACAACGGGGAGGCUCAUCAGAAGCCGCCUCCAAGACGAGGUGGAUGCUGGACGAACUCACAAGACUCUUCAAUGAACAAAAGGACUGGAACGGCCUGGAGGAGACGAGAAGUAGAGCAAACAUUUGGUAA